CGGUGGUAGACCCUGCACCUAUCCUGCAAAGGACCAAUCACUAUGGCUAGCUGCCCCACUGUGGACCCACCGGUUGGUCCAGAUCGAGUGAUGUGGUAAGUUUGGGAAACGAAAGCUGUUUGUUUGCAGAAGAAAAGCUGCCAAUUGCCCGAUGGCUGACUAUCUACCCCAUGUUUGAUGGUUUCUGCUUCGUCAGGGCACUUGGUUUAUCGAUCUUCAGGGCAAACCUCCAUCCAUAUAAAGGGAGAGCGCCUUUCAAUCAUUCUCUUCCUUUUUCUGACCUCUAACAGGAAUAUCCACGGAUUGAGGCGACCUCCUUGCCACCAAAACAGGGCGCUGGGGGUGUUUGGUUUCUUUGGGGGGGAUUGUUUAACGGGCCUAAUGACCUCUGCAGAGCUCCGACUCGGCCAAAGCUGUAACGUAACUCGUCGGUUCACUUUUGCACUGCCUCAUUCUCGACCCCGUCAUCAAAAGUCUUUUGAUUUGAUUUUUUCCCACCUUUCCCCCUUUCAGAAAAAUCUAUUUUAUUUUAUUCCCAUUUCAUUAAUUUUCAGGCCUUUAUUAUUACCCGCCAUUAUUGAUAUGAUUGUCCUGCUCCCUUUCUUUUCUGUUUCUGUGUUUCCAGACCUGUUUGGGGAAGAAGGUCUUUUUCAGUGCAAGAAAUAAUCCGAUGUGACAUCUAGACUAUGAGUCUAUGGAGUAGGUACUACUAAUGAGUUGCUUACUGGAAAGGGAGGAGGGAACGGAAAAGUGGUGACGGAAGAGACAAAAUCCACACCUCGGUAGUGCAUCCCUCGCUCU